UGACCAAUUACCAUCCUAGAUGAAAUACUAACAAGUUUUGUGAUAUGGCCUCAUCUUCCCAAAGUUGUGGUGUGUGUGACCUCCGACAUAUCAACAAACCAUCCAUAAUCUGGUGUAUGGAAUGUGAUGAAGGGCUUUGUAAAGAUUGUCAGGAACACCAUAGUUUGUCCAAAGGGACCAGAAACCAUAACACCAUAAAAAUAAAGGAAUAUAGAACAUUACCAAAUGAAAUUCUAAAAAUCACUCAAUACUGUAGGACACACAAUGACAAAUUUAUAAUGUAUUGCCGGAAACACGAACGUCCCUGCUGCAGAAAAUGUAUAGUUGAAACUCAUAAAGAAUGCCUGGAUAUCGAUAAUUUAGAAGACGUCAUUCACAAUGUAAAAACCUCAAAUGCCUUCCACGAUAUUGAAGAAACAUUGGUUGAAGUAGCAGAAAAUUUAAAGAAAAUCAGUCAACAUCAGCAAAAGAAUCUGUUGAGUUUGAAAGAAAAAAGAAAACAAAUUCAAAAAGAAAUUCAAAAGACCCGUUCAACAAUCAACAACCAUCUGGACAAAAUACAAGAAGAUUUGAUAAAACAACUAAAAUCUGUUGAAGAAACAGAGAACUCGAAAGUGUGUCAGUUGUUGUCAUCACUUGAACAGAGAGAAAAAGAAAUUACCGAAUACCAGCAGAACAUUGCAAGCAUUAAACAACACGCAUCGGACCUUCAGAUUUUUCUUUCACUUAAGCAAAUCGAAGAAGACAUUAAUAUGAAUGAUAAAUUCCUGCAAUCCGCAGUGGAAGGUGAUGAAUUGCAGCAAUGUCAUCUAGAAUAUAGAACUAACAUUGAUAUUCAGAAUAUCAUGUCCAAUAUCAAAAGUUUUGGAGAAGUACAGAUUCAAACUAAACCAUGCAGCAUAGUUCUUAGCAGGAAGAAGACCACACAAGCACAGAUAAUGGUACCAAACUUUCAAUCGACAUCCAUUGAGAGUAUUAAACUGAAGAUGAACAAGACAGUAGAAACUCAAGGUAUGCGCAUCUUUGGAUGCUGCCUGAUACAAGAUGGUAGAAUGGCUUUUACUUAUUACUUUUAUAGGGCAGUUAGAAUAUUCAGUGAUACAGGAUUAAAACAAUUUGAGGUGAAGAUGCCGUGUUACGGACGAGAUAUACUGUAUGUAAGUAAGGAAAAUAAUUUAGCCGUAUUAUCUGGUGGUACAAUUGAGCAGUUUAUUGUCAUUAUAAACGUGGAAAGGAAACAAAUCACGAAAACAAUUUCAGUCAAUUCGUAUAUUCAUGGCAUGGCACUGAGAGGAAAUAGAAUAAUAUAUUCCUGUGUUGACGAUAUAUACAACUCGCUUAUAUAUUGUUUAGAAGAGAAGUCUGAAGUAAAUGAUUCAGAUAAAAAGGAAGACACAUUUGGUUGA